AUGGCAUUGUUUCAUGAUGAGAUGGAGAUCAAGGACUUCCAAUAUGACGAGGGCUCGGAGACGUACUUCUACCCCUGCCUGUGUGGGGAUAACUUCUGCAUCACCAAGGAAGAUACGGAGAAUGGGGACGAUGUGGCAACGCGCCCUGGCUGCUCUCUCAUUAUACAAGUGAUUUAUGACAAAGAUCAGUUUACGUGUGGAGGGACAGUCCCAGCCCCUUCCCCCAACAAAGAACUAGUUAAAUGCUGA